GCCUUCUCCAUCCGGGUGCUGCGGCGCAAAUAAGAGCCGGACUGCGCCUGCGCGCCCAGCUCCACUCCUUCGACCUCUGCCGCCGCCACUGCCGCCGCCGCCUCGCGGAAAGAGAGGAAGCGGGAGAGGAGCCCACGUCGCCUGUCACCCACGUCCUGCUGCCGCGCCCUCCGGAGAGUAAAAUGUUCGCCUGCGCCAAGCUCGCCUACGCCCCCGCUCUGAUCCGAGCUGGAUCCAGAGUAGCAUACAGACCAAUUUCUGCAUCAGUGUUAUCUCGGCCAGAGGCUAGGACUGGAGAGGGCUCUACAGUAUUUAAUGGGGCCCAGAAUGGUGUGUGUCAGCUUAUCCGAAGGGAGUUUCAGACCAGUGCAAUCAGCAGAGACAUUGAUACUGCUGCCAAAUUUAUUGGUGCAGGUGCUGCAACAGUAGGAGUGGCUGGUUCUGGUGCUGGUAUUGGAACAGUCUUUGGCAGCCUUAUCAUUGGUUAUGCCAGAAACCCUUCGCUGAAGCAGCAGCUGUUCUCAUAUGCUAUCCUGGGAUUUGCCUUGUCUGAAGCUAUGGGUCUCUUUUGUUUGAUGGUUGCUUUCUUGAUCUUGUUUGCCAUGUAACAGAAAUUACUGCUUGAAAUGUUGGCACUCAUAGUAAUUACGGAUAUAAUUCUGUGUAUCUUACUGUGACUCUGAAAACUGUAGUGUUGGCGUCAUGGAAAUGUAUAUUAUUUCCAAAGUCAUUUCAUUAAAGAUGAAAACUUUAA